GGAACGGAUAGGGAAAGUCGGGCUAGGUAGGCUCUAGCUCCUUCCUGCUGCUCGUUGGCUGCCGCAAUACGCAGGAACAGACGGCAGGAUCGUCCUUUCUCUGUGACUCUGCGUCGUGGUUCCUGGCUCCUGCUGCUCGAAUUGUUUGGUUCGGAUCCAGUUGGCCCGGGAUGAACGUUCCUGCAGCUCAAUGCCCACCUCACUCCAGUCUCCAGCUGCACUUCACACACUUGUCGCUGUCGUUGGUACCGUCGAAUCGUCGUGUAUUCGAUAUGGUCGAUUUGUUUUCCUGUUCGUCGUCUCUUCUUGAUACUGUUUUGUCGUCCAAGCUUACGCCGACGUCUGUUCACCCAUCCGCCGGUAUUCCGAGGACCUCUUCCACAAGAGGUAGAAACAGCAGCCAACUGCGUCAGUGUCGUCGUCGUUGCCCAGCUCCUCUCGCGCUGUCGAACAAGCAGUAGGGCUGUUUGUCGUCGGCGGCGGAAACUGUCGCAGAAGGGAUCGAGGGUUGAAGAAAGAUAGUCGAUGAAUUUCAAAACCAAAGUCUUCCGUCAGGCUUUG